UCUUCCUUGUAAAGAAGGAGGAGCAGGUUCAAAAUGCUGAGACAGAGGUGGACCAAGCACACCUCCACCUUCAGACUGGCAGCCUCCUCCAGCAGCCAUUAGACAGCCCUGACUGCUCCCAAGCCCCAAGCCACAGAGGAGGUAUCAGUGGCCACGCCAACCACCACAGCAACUGGAGCAUCAAACAGCAGGCCAGGAUUUAAGCUUCCCUCCAAUAUGGAAUACAUUAACUGGGAUAAUUACAGCCUGGAGGAUCUCUUCGGUGAUAUUGAUAAUUACACUUACAACACAGACAUACCCUUAAUUCCAGCAGACUCUGCCCCAUGCAGGCCAGAAUCUCUGGACAUCAACAAGUAUGCUGUGGUUGUCAUCUAUGUCCUGGUCUUCGUGCUGAACCUGCUGGGAAACUCCCUAGUCAUAAUGGUUGUCUUAUACAGUCGGGUCAGUCACUCUGUCACCGACGUCUACCUGCUGAACCUGGCCAUAGCUGACCUGCUCUUCGCCCUGACCUUGCCUAUCUGGGCUGUCUCCAAGGUAAAGGGCUGGAUCUUUGGCACACCCCUGUGCAAGAUCGUCUCGCUCCUGAAGGAAGUCAACUUCUACAGCAGCAUCCUGCUGCUGGCCUGCAUCAGCAUGGACCGCUACCUGGCCAUUGUACAUGCUACACGCACGCUGACCCAGAAGAGGCACUGGGUCAAGUUCAUAUGCUUAGGCAUCUGGGCCCUGUCCCUCAUCCUGUCCCUGCCCAUCUUCAUCUUCCGCAGGGCCAUCAAUCCCCCCUACUCCAGCCCAGUCUGCUACGAGGACAUGGGUGCCAAUACAACAAAAUUGCGGAUAGUGAUGCGGGUCCUGCCCCAGACCUUUGGCUUCAUCGUGCCCCUGAUGAUCAUGCUGUUCUGCUAUGGGCUCACCCUGCGCACCCUGUUUGAGGCCCACAUGGGGCAGAAGCACCGGGCCAUGCGGGUCAUCUUUGCUGUCGUGCUCGUCUUCCUGCUCUGCUGGCUACCCUACAACCUGGUCCUGGUCGCAGACACCCUCAUGAGGCUCCAUGCCAUCGAGGAGACCUGUCAGCGCCGCAAUGACAUUGGCCGCGCCCUGGAUGCCACCGAGAUUCUGGGCUUCUUCCACAGCUGCCUUAAUCCCCUCAUCUAUGCCUUCAUUGGCCAGAAGUUUCGCCAUGGACUCCUCAAGAUCAUGGCCUUCCAUGGGCUCAUCAGCAAGGAGUACCUGCCCAAGGACAGCAGGCCUUCCUUUGUUGGCUCUUCUUCAGCGAACACUUCUACUACUUUCUAAGCACCCCCUGACCCGGUUGCAGUCUCUCAGGGCUCUCCCUCGCCAUCAGCAUCCCGUUCCAAACCUCAUGUCCACUGGCUGUUCGCAGUCUCCGUGUCAAGGCAGCUCCCAGCUGUGGUUCCAGGGAGUUGCUGGGGCCACGUCCUUUUCAGGCCCAUUGUAUGGUUUAGGGAGCCUGCCCUGGUGCCCCACCCCUUACUAUAGCUACAGUGUCAGCUGCUAGAGCUCACUGAGCCCACAGCACUCUGUUCUCUGAGGCAGCUAAAGAUGUUUAAAAGACAUCCUUUUACAUGACACCAGAAAGUUCCUACCAUUGGGAGCCUUUAGUAGCAAGCGGCAUUAGUAGCUGCCCCAACUCUCCCUUUCUUGCUUGCCAGCAAAGCCCUCCUCCCUUGAGAGAGGCUGAAAAGGACAGGUACUCACUUCUAAAGACUCCCUUAAGCUAGGAGUGGCCCUGUCAUUCACUUCUGACUGCUGAGCUUUCAGACAAUGGUGUGCUGGGAAACCACUCUACUGGGGGAAAUAAAUCUUGGUCUGUAGCAUUUGCCAGGUGGCCUGGCGUAAAUGCCCCCACCACGGUGAUUUCAAGGGUUUUCAAGUGUUUGGCAACCAGCUCACAAAAAUCUAGGAGCUGCUUUCACAAGCAGGUACAAACUGGCUUCAGCACACCAUUGCUUAAGAGGAAGUCUACUGGGGCCAGGGACUCCUGGGAAGUACUCCUGAUUGAAAAAAGAAACGCAUACACACACACACACACACACACACACACACACACACACACAUACACACAUACACAUCCUUGGUUCAUUCUUGCCUUUGAAUAUGGUUGUAGGAUACGAUGUGACAGAGAAGUAACAAGUAUGCUCAACACACUGAGGCAGAUGGAGCGGGUGAGGACAAAGAGCCCAGAAGGAAACCUAAGCAUAAAUGGUCAAAUGAUUUUCAACAAGGGGCACCAAGAGUAUUCAAUGGGGAGAGGAUAGUCGUUCAACAAAUGGUGUUGGACAACGUAGCUAUCCACACACACAGGAACGAACUUGGUCCCUUUCCUUACACUAUUUACAACAGUUAACUCAAAAUGGGUCAAAGACCUACACAUGAGAACUUUAACUAUAAAACUUUUAAUAGAAAUGUAGAAGAAAAGUUUUAUAACAUUGAUUUGGCAACGAUUCCUUGGAUAUGACACCAAGCAAAGAAUAAACAGAGAACUGGAUUUCAUGAAAGUCAAAAACUUUUGUGCAUCAAAGGACACUAUCAACAGAGUGGAAAGGAAAAUCACAGAAUGGGAGAAAAUAUUUGUAAAUCAUAUAUUUUAUACAGUUCACUAUCCACAAUAUACAAAGAAUUCCUACAAUUCAACAACAACAAUAAAGACAGAUAAUAACAAGUAUCAGUAACAAUAUGGAAAAUGUGGUGGGACCCUUGUGCACUCUUGGUGGAAAUGUAAAAUGGUGCAGCCACCAUGGAAAACAGUGUCUCAAAAGAUUAAACAUAGAAUUACUAUAUGAUUCCAGAAAUUCCAUUUCGAAGUAUAUUCCCAAAAAAACUGAAAGCAGAGACUCAAAGGGAUGUUGGUGCACUAAUGUUUAUAGCAGCAUUAUUCACAAUUGCCAACAGGUGAAAACAACCCAAUGUCCAUCAAAGGAUGAUGGACAGACAAAAUGUGGGAUAUACAUACAAUGGAAUAUUGUUCAGUCUUAAAAAUGCAUGAAAUUCUGGAUGGAUGGAUGAAUAAACCCUGAAAACAGUAUAUCAAGUGAAAGAAGCCAGAAAAAAAUAGUGUAUGAUUACACUUACUUGAAGUACCUCCAAUAGUCAAGUUCAUAGAGACAAGAAGUAAAACAGUGGCUCCCAGGGACUGGACAGAGGGGGAAAUGGGAAGUAAUUGUUUAAUGGGUGCACAAUUCAGCUGGGGGCGAUGAAAAGUUUCUGGAGAUGGAUAGGGGUGAUCACUGUACAACACUGUGAAUGUGUUUAAUGCCACUAAACUGUACAGUUAAAGAUGGUAAAAAUGGUAAAUUUUAUGUUGUGCGUAUCCUAGUACAAUGAAAAAAAAAGACAAUUUUUAGCAACUGAAGUAACUGUGGAACCAUCUACCUAUAACUUCUUGUU